AUGGCUGAAGAUCAAGAGGAAACGAAACAAACCGACCAGGAGACUCCGAAACGCGUCCCGACCGCGUCCGACUACUUCAGAAUCUUCUCGUACGCGACAAGAUGGGACUGGUGUAUCUACGCAGUCGCCGUUCUGGCCUCUCUCGGUGCCGGCAUAACGAUGCCACUGAUGAACAUAAUAUUUGGUCAACUCGUGGGCCAAUUCACCGACUUUAGCUUGUCUUCCAGUCAGAGUUUCAGUUCAAUCCUCAAUCAGCAAGCCUUGUAUAUCAUGGCCAUCUUCUUCGUUCGAUGGGCGCUGAGCUCAAUCAACAAAUUCUGCUUCAGAAUGAUUGGUAUUCGCCUGUCAUCUGCCAUUCGACGAGACUAUCUCGAAGCACUGUUUGCACAGCCGAUCCACACCAUCGAUUGCAUGCCUCAGGGCGCACCAGCGACGGCCAUCAGUACGACCUCGAAUACCUUGCAAUUGGGCGUCUCCGAGCGCUUGGGCUCCUUUCUGCAGUCCUUGGUGACGAUCGUGUCAUCGCUGGUCAUUGCAUUUGUGUGGAGCUGGGAUUUGACUCUAGUGACGUGCUCGCUACUACUAUACAUUAUUGUCGUCCUGUCCUUCACGAUGCCUCGCGUGGUCAAGGGUCAGACUGUCAUGGCUCAGACAGAUGCUGAAGCUACUAGCAUUGCCAGCGAAGCCCUAGCUAACGUCAGACUCGUCAUGGCAUUUGGUGCGCAGAAACGUAUUCUCUCGAGUUACAAUGAGUGGGUCGAAAAAUCGCGAAAGAAGGGGUACAGGACUGCCCCGAUUAUAGGAAUCCAGAUUGGAUCGAUUUACUUUGGCAUGUUUGGUGCCUUUGGAUUGGCAUUCUGGUAUGGCACACAACGCUACAGUGUUGGUGCCAUUAGUAAUGCUGGCGUUGUUAUUGUGGUACUCAUGUCUGUUCUACUGGUCCUCAUGUCCUUGGAGAGAGUUAGCACGCCUUUGAUAUCAGUAAGCCAGGCCAUGGUAGCCGCCUGUGACUUUUUCACCGUCAUCGACGCUCCUCUCCCCAAGGUGGGCUCUCUCCAGCCCGACAUCUCUCUGGAGGAUAUCGUUUUCGACAAUGUCACAUUUGAAUACCCCAACCGACCCGAUGCAAAAGUCCUCGACGGACUAACCUUGCGUAUCCGAAACGGCAAGAAUACAGCUCUCGUGGGUCCUUCAGGCUCUGGCAAGAGCACAAUCGUCGGCUUGAUAGAGCACUGGUACCCAUUGGAAAACAUGAAGGUGGCGGACACGGAUGCCACCGAACACAGCGCGUGUGGCUCAAUCACUGUCGGCAAUCACAAACUGUCCGAGCUCGACCCGAAAUGGUGGAGGUCCCAAAUUGGCCUCGUCCAGCAGGAGCCAUUUCUUUUCAACGACACCAUCUAUGGCAAUGUAGCCAAUGGUCUUAUUGGAUCUCCAUGGGCCAAUGAGUCCGAGCAGCGAAAGCGAGAGCUUGUCGUACAAGCAUGUCAAGAAGCGUACGCUGCAGAGUUUAUUGACCGCCUUCCUGACGGAUACGAUACGAUGGUCGGAGACGGUGGCGCCAAAUUGUCCGGAGGCCAAAAACAACGUAUAGCUAUUGCGAGGUGCAUCAUAAAGAGACCCAAGAUCAUAAUCCUUGACGAAGCCACGAGCGCCAUUGACACAAGGAGCGAGGGGAUCGUCCAGGCGGCCCUAGACAAAAUUACACAAAACCGCACAAGCGUCACAAUAGCACAUCGUCUUUCUACAAUCAAGAAGGCAGAUCACAUUAUUGUGUUGCAGAAGGGACGAGCGGUCGAGGAGGGUACGCAUCAAAGUCUCAUGACAGACUCCACGAGCGUAUACAGAUCCUUGGUUGACGCACAAUCCCUACAAGUGUCGCAGUCAGCUUCACAGAUUGCUGAUACACCCAGCGUCGCCGUUUCGGAAGAUCUUGAGAAGGCAAUAAGUAUUCACGAUCACGUCUCCAAUCACUCGACAAAAGGGGACAUGACUGCAGAGAAGCCGCCAAGAAGUCUUUCGCACAACUUUGCAAGGAUCUUGCGGGAGCAAAAGUCAAUCUGGCCGUUCUUUAGCACCGUUGUUAUGGCUAGCGUGGUGUCAGCUGCUGGCACGCCGAUGCAGGCCUGGCUUUUCGCCAAAGUCAUUACUGUUUUCACCCUACAGGGAGACGAUCUCAGAAGGGAAUCGAGCUUCUGGGGAUUCAUGUGGUUUGCUCUCGCGGGAGGCGUUGGUCUAAGUUGGCUCGUGGUGGCCUGGCUCAGCGCCCACGUCCAGUACUCGAUCAGCGCGGCGUACAAGGUCACGUACAUGACGGAUAUACUGCAACAAAAGAUCAAGUUCUUCGAUCAAGACAGCAACUCUCAUGGAUCGUUGAGCAGCCGUAUCGCUGGCGACGCAAAACAUUUGGAGGAGCUUUUCGGUAUGAAUCUCGCUCUUGUCCUCAACGGCAUCUUUACAAUUAUUGGGUGCGUCAUCAUUGCACUAUCUUUUAGCUGGAAACUCGGCUUGAUAUCAUUCUUUGUCACCAUGCCGACCAUGGUUUCGUCGGGUCUGUGGAAGUUUCGGCACGAAAUCCAGUUUGACAGCAUGAACUCGGCCGUCUUUACCGAGAGUUCGCAGUUUGCCACCGAGGCCAUAAACGCCAUGAGAACCGUCUCUGCCCUGGCUAUGGAAUCUUCUAUCAAUGCGAGAUAUCGCAAGUUGCUAAACGACCACGUUCAAAAGGCUCGCAUCAAGGCCCAGUGGACAUGCGCAUUCUUUGGCUUUGCAGACAGUGUCGGUCUUGGCUGUCAGGCUUUGAUCUUUUGGUACGGCGGCAAUCUCUUGAUCAAGGGAGAAUUUUCGCUAGAAGCCUUUUUUGUAUGCUACAUGGCAAUCAUUCAAGGGGCAGAGGCGGCGGGCCAGGUCUUGUCCGUUACGCCAAACGCAGCGCAGGCGACUGCAGCUGCUAAUCGCAUAUUCGACGUUCAAUCUUCUGCCGUGAUCGAUCGUGACGAGGCACAAGGAGACAGGGAAUUUCCCAACUCGGAAAAAGGUGUGAGAAUUGAUCUUCAAGACAUUCACUUCCAGUAUCCAACUCGAGAUGUACCCAUUUUCAGAGGGCUGGAUCUGAGCAUAGAUCAGGGCCAGUAUGCGGCAUUCGUGGGCCCCUCGGGAUGCGGCAAAACCACGAUCAUCUCCUUGCUCGAGAGAUUCUACGACAUUCCAGCAGAUCAGGGCACAAUCUCAUGCAACGGGGCGGACAUUAACCGCUUCGCCCUCCAAGAUUACCGGCAAAACCUGUCGCUCGUUUCUCAGGAGCCCGCCCUGUUCCGCGGCUCUGUGCGAGACAAUAUCCUUUUUGGCCUCCCCGCCCACAGCGACGUUCCGGAUGAGAGACUACACAAGGUCUGCCGGGAUGCCUUUAUCCACGAUUUCAUCACUUCCCUGCCCCAAAGCUACGACACGGACGUGGGACAAAAAGGCGUCAGCUUGUCCGGCGGCCAGAAGCAGCGCAUCGCCAUUGCGAGGGCCCUGAUUCGCGAUCCCAAGAUUCUGCUACUGGACGAGGCCACGUCGGCGCUGGACUCCGAGUCGGAAAAGGUGGUGCAGGCCGCCUUUGAAAAGAUACGCCACGGCCGCACCGUCAUUGCGGUUGCUCAUCGGCUCUCUACCGUUCAGAAUGCCGAUGUCAUUUUCGUCUUUGAUCAAGGCUCUGUCUUGGAAAAGGGCACGCAUGCUGAGCUCUUGCAAAAGCGGGGUGUCUAUUGGGAUAUGUGUCAAAGUCAGGCCACGGAUCAGUAA